GCGUGUGUGGGGCUUGGCCGUGCGUGGCAGGAAGCGGCGCCGGUGCCCGGGGGCGGGGAGGUCGCUGCCAGCCGCAGCGCAUCGGCCGCAGCCGCGCGGGGUGAAGGUGCCAACUAGGAGAAUGGAUGAUGAUGAUUUUGGAGGUUUUGAGGCAGCAGAAACCUUUGAAGGUGGAGAUGGUGAAACACAGACUACAUCUCCUGCUAUUCCUUGGGCAGCGUUUCCCACAGUAACUGAAGUCCAUGUACCUCAAAAUGUUUCUUCUGAUGUUCUGCUGGAGCAUUCUUUACCUUCUGCUUGCCUUGUUCCUUCUGAAUCCUUCAUUUUAUCAGGUGAUAAUGUAGUGACAGCAGUUCAAACAGGCAACAGCAUUUUAAAUCCAGCUGUUAUUAAAGAACAGGUUAGGUUAUCAGCUGGUUCUUCCAUGGAUAUCCCAAUUCCCUCUUUCAGUUUACCUGGUGAAAAAUCUUUAGUAAUAUCAACCAUCUCUGUAGAUGAUGAACAGCGAGAGGGGUCAAAUGGAUCAAAGAGCUGCCUUCAACAAACAGUUGCAAGUCUAGAGACUAAACUCAAAGUUGCUGAAGAAGAAAAAUGCAGAAUUAAAAAGGAAUUAGAAGAUUUGAUGGAAAAACACAGUGUCCUAGAAAUCAGUUUCCUGAAAGAUAAAGAAGAUAAAUUCAUCUCACACCAAGAUCAUUACAAAGAGCUCCAGGAGAAACAUAUGCGUGAAUUAGAAGACAUGAGGAAAGGUGGACAUGAAGCCCUGAGUAUUAUUGUGGAAGAAUUCAAGGCAUUACUGCAGUCUGCAGUUCAGCAGCAAGAAACAGCCAUUGAAAAACAGUAUAUCUCUGCAAUUGAAAAACACUCACACAGGUGUGAGGAACUACUUAAUGCUCAGCAUCAGAGACUCCUUGGCAUGCUGGAAAUAGAGAAAGAAAUGUUAGCUGAAAGGGUAGAAGAAGCUUUGAUGCAAGAGUCACGAAAACAUAAGGAAGUACUGGAAAAAUGUUUGGAUGAAGAAAGGAACAGAAGUAAAGAGGCUCUGGCAGCUGCUGCAAAGAUUGAAAAAGAAGCAAUGCAAAAGGCCAUUUUAAAAGCAGUUGAAGAGGAAAGAAAAAACAUGGAGAAAAUUCAUGCAGAGGAAAGAGAAAUAUGGCAGGCAGAACGUACCAAGGACAAAGAGAGGAUUGCUCAAGCUGUUGAGGAGGCCAUGCAGGAGCAGAGAAAAAGCAGUCAAGAGGUUGUUAAAGCAGCAAUAAUGGAAGAGCAGAAACGAAGUGAAAAGGCUGUGGAAGAAGCUGUAAAAAGAACAAGAGAAGAAUUAAUGGAAUAUAUCAAAGAGCAGAAAAGGCUCGAUCAAGUUGUUCGCCAGCGUAGCCUGUCCAGUUUGGAACUGUUCCUGUCAUGUGCACAGAAACAAUUAAGCACUUUAUUAAAGGAAGAACCAGUCACAGCAGAGCAAAAGAAAGAAACUGAUGCUUUAAGCAAAACUGAUACUGUUUGAUUUGUGAAUGCUACUUCUAGAUCUCUUUUUUAUUAUAAAAUAUUCAGGGUUGUUUGAAGAUUGAACUGGAAAAAUGUUUAGUCAAAAAUUUCUUUGGGAGACUUCAUUUGAUUUUUUUCUUAUUAAUAUCAUUAGUUUGAAAAACCAGAAGAAAGAAAAUGAUUGGAGAAUUUUUAAACUAUGCACAUGUUGUCAUCCUUGUAGUCUCCAGGGCCUAUUACUGAUAUUUUAGGCAAAUACAGUGAGGAUAAUAAAAUUGCCUCAUUAGGGAUAUUUACAAGAUGUCAGCUUGUCUGUAUAAUUUAUUAAUAUUUCACCACACACAUGCAUGUACACACACACGCACCACAGAGGUUCAGAAUAUAGGCCCUGAUUCAACAAAGCUCUUAAUUAACUAUGCAUGUGAAUCCAUCCUGUCCUCUUAGUACAUUCUCAAGUGCCCUGCUAAACUAGGCCUUAGGAAAUGUGUUUGGAUGCAUAAAAGAGCUAGCUAGCAAUACCAAAUUGUAACAAUGCUGCUGAACAUUUUGUAACCUUUUACAGACAUCAUAGUUUCUAGGAAUGAAAAUGUUUAAAUACCAACACUACAACUUUUUACACUGCUGCAAAAAAUCUUGAAGUUAUUUGUAUUGCAGGCACUAACUUGUGAUUAUAUAUUGUUUCUGUUCUUCAAAGCUACUAUGAUUCCAGAAAUAAUUUUUGUUUUUCUUAAACAAAGUAAGACUUUGGUAACCAAUCCUAAUCAUAACUGGAUUCAUUAAAACAUACAAGGGUCAAUGCUGCACAGCUUCCUCCAGCAUGACUCCAUCUGCCUUUGGUGAAACUCUCACCUCUGUAAGGAGGCCAGAAUGGUGUGACCAUAAGUGUCUGAUUCAAAACCCAUGGAUGUGAGUGGUAACACUCCCAAUAAUACUAUAAUGUCCUUUCGAUCUGGUAUUACAUUUUGAUCUUGCAACUGACAGCAUGAAAGUGAAUUUAUGCCUGCACACUAUUGAUUGUAGAAUUGGGGCCUUAGUUUAGAAGUUUUUAGAUUCAAAUCAAGAAAAUGAGUAUUUUGCGCAUAGUCAUGAAUGUAACUAAAUUGUAAAUGAUCUCUCCUGUAAUAAGUUUGUGCCUCCACAGGGAAUCGUGGGCAUUUGUUUUGUGCAAGUUUCUUGUAUACAGACAUACUUCACUUUUGACAUGCCAUUAGUAGUCUGUUUCAUUUUACCUUAAAUGCUUUGCUUUUCAUAUGUACUAGACUUUCAAAUAAAGGAAACUCCAAAUGUGGUAAAGGAAGUUAUUGUCAGAUGUGUUAGGCAGUUUUUUAUUUGUCUUUUUCUCUGUGCUUCAUUUGGUAUUUGAAAUCAAAAUUAUUUAUCUCCUUUAUGACAUAAAAGGUCACUUCAGAAAUAAAUACAGCUGAUCUUACUGGUUGAUUCCACCUACCAGUUAAUGAA